ACAUACACACAAGAAGAAGCAGAAGAAGUAUUACAAGAAAAUUUUUUUGAAAAAAAAUGGAAAAAUAAUUAACAAAUAAAUUUGUAUUAUGUGUAUGAAAGAAGUGUGUGGAUAGCAAAUAAAAACCAACAAAACACAUAGAGGAUAUAUAUGUAUAUAUAGCAGAUGAGCAAAGCCAACAAACAACAACAACAACAACAAAAAAGAAUAAAAAAUUUUAUGAAUGAAUCAAAAAAACAAACGAAGGCAAAGUUUCUCAAGAGAAACCAAAGCAAACGCAACAACAACAAGAGUGAAAAACAAUUUUUGAUAUUCGAAUACCAAACAAGAAGUGGAAUUUUGUUUAUUUCUCUGCCUAGUAAGCAAUAAAAUAUUUUCCUUAGUUUUUUAAAUGUUUUUAAUCGAAAAAAUUCAAAAAAUACAAAAUUUUUGUUUGCAACAAUUACAUAAAACCAAAACCUAAAGGCUCUCCUCCUCGCAUACACAACAAACUACACACAGAAAUACUCGACGACGACUCUUUAUGAAAACAAAACAACAACAAGAAACACAAUCGUUCGUGCACACACAAAACACACACAAAACUCAUUGCCCAUUUAACUAAACAGAAAAAACAACAACAAAGAGCAAAAGAGAAGAGUAGUAGUUGUAGUAGUGUCAGCCAGUCAAACAAAUGAUCAAUGCGCUCUAUUCAACAACUUACAAAACUAAGAAAAUAAACAACAAAAUACAAAAAAGUAAAAAUCAAGAAGAAGAAGAAUCACCAGUCAGCAUCUAAAAACAACAACAAACAGCAUUAUAGUGAACAUCAAAAAAUCCAACGAACCUAAGGCAAGGCAACAACAAAACAUACGCAUGCACGCACGCAUGCACAUCUGUCUGUCAUUUCCUGUGGAUUAUUAUUAUUGUUACACCAACAGCAACAAAAACCAACGGCAAAUAAGUUUUUCUUCUUCUUUCCACUCUCAGUGUGUGUGUGUCUCUCUCUCUCGCGGCCAGUCCAUGUUUCCUGGUGCAAGAGUUGUUUUUUUUUGUAGAGUAAUGGUUUUCUUCGUCGUCGUCGUCGUCUUUUAAAAGAAAAUCAAAACCAAACAAAAUUUAUAAACAAACACCUUCGACCCCCUCAACAAAAAAGGAUUAAUUGCAGUUAUUUUUUAUUUAAAAAACAAUUGGAUUGCUUUUUACAAAAAAUAAAGCAAUCGCCUGGGAAGUUUAAGAAUUUUCAACCACAUUCGAGACCCGCUUAAGCCUAAAAGCCUACGAAACCCUUACAACAAAUCGCCUUUUGUUAUUUAAUUUGAAGAAGUGUAAGGCAGGAAAAAACCAUCCCGCAAAACUACGCCACCUCUGCCUGUGUGCGUAAAAGGAGGAUGAGGGAAACUGAUGGUCCCCGGCAUAAGUUUCGAGGGGAUUGAGGUCUUUUAAACAGAGUAGUUGAACGCUACAUGGAUCGCAGAAAUGGCGGCGAUCCCUUGGCGCCUCCUCGGCCCCCUAAAUUAUUACCAAAAAUCCAUCGUCCCCGAGCUCCCGAGCCAGAGAUGAUGAAUACAACAACAACAACAGCGAUCAAUAAUCAUCAUACGACAACAACAUCAGCGGCAACAUCUGCAUCCGGAAGACAAACGGAAGUUAUAAACCAUACACCUCAAUGUACAAAUCAAACGGAUUUAAGUCGGAAUAAUAACUUGAAUCAGCAGCAGCAACAACAACAAUUUAGUAUUAACCAACAAACAUUGGCGGCACACAACAGCACAAUUCCCAUAGCAUCAUCGCCAUCAACAGCAGCAACAACAUCCUCCAACAGCAGCACUUCCGCUUUGCUGGUUGGCCCCCCACCUCCCAUACGCUACAAUCGUGUCAGUUGCAACAACAAUCACAUUGGCAACAUUGAUGUCAUCACCCAGCAGCCAGCGUCCGGAGGCAUAGCAGACGAUUAUCAGAUACAUCAUUUAACCUAUUUACCCCAAAGACCCAGCAAUUUGAGUCGCAACGGUAGCCAAAUUAGCUCCAAUUCAACCACGACCAAUACAUCAACGACCUCGGUGGGUGGUGUCUCCUCGUCGACGACGGCCUCGACAAACAACGGUAUUAUUGCGGCGAAUAGUUUUACCAGACGCCGACCCCCACCAACACCAACAGCCGCCUCACCGGUCUUGGGUAAUUCGGCAGCAGUGCCGCUGCUAACGGCAAUAAGUGGCAGCCACCACCAGCACCACAGCAACAACAAUUUCCUUAAUCAUUUCCAUACCACAGAGCCGGUGCCAUUAUCUACCGUCACACUGGCGCAACCUAGACCCGAGUCCGAACGACUCGGCAAUGAGUAUGUGGACACACCGUUGCGCACGGCCCAACAGCUGCAGAAUGCAACGCGUAUCCAACAUCCGGCCGGCGAGCAUGACAAUGGUCAGACCACAACGCAUCACCUGCUACUGCUGCCGCAGCGCGAGUUGCGCCAACAGCAGCAGCAUCAGCAACAACAGCAUCAAGUCCACCACCAUCAUCAUCAGCAAACCCAAAGGCAUGCGACCUCAGCUGCUGGCUCAGCGACCUCAGCACUGCCCCUGGGCAUUGAUGGCACGGACGGCAUUCUACAUUCACAGCACCCCCACCACAACCACCAUCUGCACCAGCAUCUGGCCCCCAAGGGUUCAGCGGUGACGGGCAAACUAUCACCAACGCCAGCGGAUACAAGGGGCGGCUUUGCCCUAUCCGCCGGCGGCCUGCAACCCCUCAAUCAACCAAUCACAAAACAACCCGCCUUGUCAAGCAAUGCUGCAAAUUCCUGUAAAUUCGCCAAGGAGCUACCGGCCCUCGAUGAACUGCUGGACAUGCACAACAUUGCCACCGGCAUACCCACAUCGCAUGGCAUGAUAUCGGCCGUGAAUGGGGCCAGUCCGCUGACGGGACCCAUGGUGAUUGGUGGCAGUGAAGGUCCCUCAUCGUUGAAUCCCAUAACAUGCCCGCGUUGUGAACGCUGUCGUUGUGAACAGUGCCAGAGUCCCCGGCCCCUGCCCCAGACGUGGGUGUGCAACAAGACCUGUCUGUGCAGUGCCGAAUCCAUUAUCGACUAUGCCUCGUGUCUGUGCUGUGCCAAGGCCUUAUUCUAUCACUGUGCACGGGACAAUGAUCUGGACUGUGACGAUGGAUCGGGUACGCCUUGUGUGGACAAUCCUUGUUCGUGUGGACCCUAUAAGCGGACCCAACGAUGGGGUUGGCUGGGAGCCCUGUCCCUGGUAUUGCCCUGUCUGUGGUGCUACUGGCCCAUGAGGGCAUGUGUGGCGGCGUGUGAAAAGUGUUAUGGCCGUUUUGCAAGGCGUGGCUGUCGUUGCCAGCAAAUUGGUUCCACCUCCAGUAUGUUCCCCAUAACAUCGAUUGGCAACAACGGCAACAAUGUUAUGGUCCUCAGCAAUGGCGGCGGCGUCAGUGGUGGUGGCAAUGCUGCCACAAAUGCCUCCAACAACUCGAAACUCCAUCAUCAUCACAAUGAAUGCAAUAGUGCGGCAAAUCGAAUACUAAGAAAGGGAGAUUUAACACCCGAGAAACGUUUACUUGAUUCCAGUCCAGAGUAUUAGGAGAAUGGUAAUUUUUUUUUUUGGUAAAUUCCCAAACCGUACAAAUGGCAACACUUGACAGGAAGGCGAAAUGAAAACAAAGAAACAAAAAGGGGUAACGUGUUAUCAUCCCUUUUGUCAUGGCAAAACAGAGAAAGAAGAAGAAGCAGCAGCAGCACAAUAACCGUUGAGUGGCCAGGCCACUGUCACUGCAAUUGCGAUAACAAAUUGCGAGGCUUUAUCGUUAGCUAUCGAUUGGUAUGGCAUUGGCAAACAAACAAAUAUGGAACCAAGAACAAAAACAAAAUAUCGAAGCAUUUAUGUUGUAAAUAUGUAUAAUUAUUCUAUUAUAUAAUGACGAAGAAAAAAAGCAGAAGAAGAAGAAGAGUAUGAAAAGCAGCAAAAACUUUAAUUAUAACUAUUGAGCAGAAAUAUAUGUUUAAAGACAAAUGUGAGGAAAAGCAAAACAAAACAUGAAAGAAAACCAAACUAACUAAACUGUAUUUAGAUAAAAUCUCACCCCCUCCCCCCCCACACAACUUCACUAAAAAUCAAAUCACCUGCAUAAAUGUUUUUCAACAUUUUUUUUUUACAAUUAUUAUUUCAAAAAUAAUAAUGGCAAAGAAGAAGUAGAAGAAAAAUGGAAAACAAAUAUCACUUAAAAAGAAAAUGAAAAAUAAAAACUAUUAUUACAAAAAAAAAAAAAUAAAAAAAAGAAAUAUACAAAUUAUAUGCAAACAAUUUAUAUGUAUUUGGAGAUCAUGGCCUUUAUUGAGGGUUGCGAAAAAUGGAGGCAAACAAGAGACUAAUAUAUGAUCUUUAAGAUCGCAAAAUGUUACAUAGACAUUUGUAAACGGGCCCAAGAAGUAGCUCUCUUGGUGUAAUGAACUCCCAAAAUUAGAAGAAAAGGGAAGGAAGAGAGCAAGUUUUUGCUGAGAAGUAAGGGAGAAAGAAUUCAAUUGUAACAGUUGCAAGGGAACUUUAAAACAGAGCCAGGCAAAGAGCCACACUUUUAAGAGCAAUACUAUUCCAUAGAGAUUUGUAAACGGGUCAAAAAAGUAGCUCCCUUCGUUUAAGGAAUUCCCAAAAUUAAAAGAAAAGAGAAUAGAUGCGAAGGAAGGGAGCAAGUUUUUGUUGAGAAGAAAGGGAGAGAGAAUUCAACUGUAACUGUUACAAAGGAACUUCAAGUGUUUGAUUUGAAACAGGGCCAGUCAAAGAGUCUGACUUUUAUGCUCUCCCACAUUUGUUACUCUCCGUUUACAUUACUUUUCAAUGCUUCUGAUUGUGAGUGUGGAGAGAAUGUCGCCCAUUGAAGACACGCAUGCCAGCUUUUGUUUAACCCUGGUUUAGAAGUACUUUAAAAGAAAUAUGUAGAAUUUAAUGUUUUAAUUCUGAAUUUCUAAAAAGGAAACAGUGAAUUCUCUUCUGAAAAUUUCAUUUCCAGAGUUGCCAUAUUUUAUAUAUAGUAUGUCGUGUAAGAUUUUCUUUCCCUUAAUGAUAUUCAAAGGUUUGUCCGUGAACCAAGAAAUCAACCAAAUUGGAAGUUAAACCAUUUAUUUCAAAUAAAAUACACUUAAGCUCGAAUAUAGUUUUCAUUGUGAAGAAAAAUAUAUUGAUUAAAAUGGGUUGUCCGUUAUGUUUGGCUGAUUUUUGGAGGUCAAAUGGCUUUAUAAAUUGGGAAAUUAUAGAAUUUUUUUAAUUGGGAAUUUUCAAGAAAAAAAUAUAUAAAUAAAUACGGUGAACAUGUUAUUCUCCAUAUUCUAAAUGAAGGCCGAUUUUGUAGGGUAAACUCUAAAAACGGGGAAAAAUAAGGGAAUUUUUUUUUAUAUUUUAGGGACUAUUUGAGUAAAAAGUGGGGAAACUGUGGCUAUUUUCAAACAAAAAAAAACGGGAAAAGCUGUAAACAUUGUUUUGGAGAUUUUUAAAUAUUUUGGAAUGCCUUCAAAAAAAGGUGAAAUUUUUAAUUUUUUCUUUUGUAGGGUAAACACUAAAAACGAUGGAAUUUUCAUUUUUUUUAAUUCAUUAAAAUUUCAAUUUCAUAAGAAAGCUGUAAAUUUAAACCAAACCAAAAAAAAAACGGCAAAAUUGGGGGAUUUUUGUAACUGCUAAAUCCCACUUUUGGAAUUUUGUUUCUGAAGUGAAUCUUUCUAAUGUUUUCUAAUGUUUCUUUCUAAUGUUUAAAAAAAAAUAAAAAUAACAAAAAUUUUAGGGGGAACAAAAAAUCACUAUAGCAUUGCUUUCCAAAUUUCAAACUUGAAGAAAUGUGUUUUUUAUUUUUAAAAAUUAAGAAAAUAUAUGUUUUGAAAAAAUGGUCCCCGAUUUUUUUUAACAAAAAAAUUCCCCAAAAAUCUCCAAAAUUGGAAAAAUGAUGGAAUUUUUCGGUCAAAAAAUUUGCCAAGAAUCCCAAAAUUUUAAAAAAAUAUAUAAUGAAAUUUUUUAAGGGGAACGAAAAAUCACCAAAACAUUGCUUUCCCAAUUUCAAACUUGAAGAAAUGUUUUUUUUUAUUUUUGAAAAAAGUGUUCCCCGUUUUUUCUGUCAAAAAAUUCCCUAAAAUCCCCAAAAUUGGAAAAAAAAAUAAUGGAAUUUUUAAGGGGAACGAAAAAUUACUGAAACAUUGCUUUCUGAAUUUAAAACUUGAAGAAACAUUUUUUUUCUCAUUUUUGAAAAAAAUGUUUUAACAAAAAUUUUCCCCGUUUUUUUCGGCCAAAAAAUUCCCCAAAAAUCCCCAAAAUUGGAAAAAAUUGAAUUUUUUAGAGAGAAUAAAAUCAAUAAAAUAUUGAUUUUCCAAUUUUAAACUUAAAGAAUUUCUUUUUUAUAUUUUGUGAAAAAAAAAAUUAAAAAAUGUUCCCCGUUUUUUUCGGUAAAAAAUUACCCAAAAUUGAAAAAGAAAUAAUGGAAUUUUUUAAGGGUAAGAAAUGAAAUCACUAAACAUUGCUUUUCUAAAUUUCAAAAAACUUGAAGAAAAAAUGUCUUGGUUUUUCGGUCAAAAAAUUCCCCAAAAAUCCCCAAAAUUGAAAAAAAUAAUGAAUUUUUUUUAAGGGGAACAAAAAAUUCCCCAAAAUUGGAAAAAUAAUGGCAUUUUUUAGAUUUAGAUAAUUUUAAUAAAUAAAUGAUGAUUUCUUUAUGUUUUUGAAAAAAAGUGUUUUGAAAAAAUGUUCUCCGUUUUUUGGACAAAAAAUUCCCCAAAAAUCCCCAAAAUUGGAAAAAUAAUGGAUUUUUUAAGAGUAACGUAAAAUCACUAAAACAUUGUUUUCCUAAUUUCAAACUUUAAAAAAUAAUAAUAAUAAUAAUAAAAAAAUAAUUGAAAAAAUGUUCCAGGAUUUUUUGGACAAUAAAUCCCCCAAAAAUCCCCAAAAGUUGAUAAUCUAAUUUUUUAUUGAAUAUUCCUUUAAAAACAAACUAUUACAAUUGAAAUCUCUCCAUUUACGGAAACCCCGAUUACAAAUGCAACAACAGCAACAACCUUCAAUAAGGCCAAUCCCAAAUACAAUAUUGAGAAAAGUAAAACAUAUGACAGCAGUAAACAAAAUUCACAUCCCUAUUAACAGAAAAAGAAAGUAAAUUAAAAAAAAAAAAAACAACUAUACAUAAUGUAUGUAUAUACUAUAUAUAUGUACAAGAUAUGUAGUAUAUACCAAAAAAAAAAAAGAUAAAAACAAAUCCCAAAAUCAACCCAUAUACUAUAUAUGUAGCUAAUAUAUAUAGGUAUUUUAUGUAUGAAUGAAUGAAAUACGAAAAAAAAAACUGAAAACUAAUUAUUAAUUAUACAUAUAAACACACAAACACAUAUAUACAUAUAUGUAAAUAUAAUAAUUAAUUGAUAAAUGAGAAAAAAAGAAAACUGAGGAAAAAAUUCAAAUAAAAAACAAAAACAAAACACUCAAAUAUAUUUCACCUGUAUAUAUACAUAUAAACAAAAAGGAAAACCACACACACACAAACAGCAUAUACAUAUAUAUAAAUAAAAAAUAUAUAUAUAUAUUUAAAAAAUAUAAAGAAACAUAUAUAAACAAAUAAAUGAAUAACCAAAGACUGCAAACAGAUAAUUACUAAUAAUUAGAAAUGUUAUUUAAACUAUUACAAAAAAAAAACAACAAACAAACAAGAAAGAUGAAGAAGAACAGAAAAUAAACAAAAAAUGAUCAUACGUCAAGAAAUGAUGAAAUUCAAAAACAAAAAAAAAAGAAAUAGAAAAAUAAACUUCCAUAGAUCCAGGAAAUAUUCAGGCAUAAAAAAAUCUUGGAAUAUCAAUUUCAAAAUUCAUUACAGUUUCAGUUUGUAAUUCGAGGAGUUAAAUCGAGGGAUAUGAGUACCCAUAAUUUUUGGUAUAAUUUCAUCUCGAAAUACAUUUUUUUUUGCUUUUUUCAAUUUCUUUUAAAAUUUUCCUACUUCACUCACCCUCCCAGCUUCCACAAUCAAAACACUCCGAAUGAAAAACGGGCAUUAUAAAUGGCCAAUGCUAACAAAAAACAACAACAAUACAUUACCGAAUUCAAAUAUAUAUUUUUGUCUUAAAAAAUAAACAUUUUCUGUUUCCGUUUAAAAAUUCCGAUUUUAAUUUAAAAAAUAUAUAUUUUUUGUUUUUAUUUAAUUUUUUUUUUUGUUUUUUUUUUAAUUUUAUUUUAUUACAUUUGUUCAAUAUCUAAGUCAAGUUGAAAUGGUUAAUGAAAUUUAACAAAAACAAAUUUUAUUUAUAUAUACAUAGUUUGUAUAUAUAACCUAUUAUUAUUAAUUAAUUAAUUAAAUAAUUAUUGAAAGUGAACAUAAAUUAUGAUUAAUAAUUAUUAUUAUUAUUAUUUUACUUUUUAACAGUUUUUAAGUAAUUUUUAGAAUUUUUACAUAAUUCCAUUUAAUUAUUUUUCCAUAAUUAAAUAAACAAAGAAAAAAAAACAAAAACCACAAAAAAUAACUACAGCAGAAGCAUCAAAACUGAAUGAAAACAGAAAAAAAUAAAA